GGAAAGGACGGCCGACAGGAGCAAGCCGAGCACGUAAAAGGAAGUAGCAGCAGUAUAAAUAGUUUCUCAUGGAAGGAAAACUAGCUGUGCAACAAAUAUAUAGAGAGUUUGAAAGAGACUCCUCUGCUCUGUUCGCUUUGGUUCCCUACACUCAUAGAUUCUACUAGCUCAAAAAUCUUGAGGGUUUCCACCUACUUUCUCGUCACUGCCGGAGCAAGAGCCACCACCUUAGAGUUCAGCUGAAGGGAAUAGAGAUGACUAGCAAGGAGGAAGCUUGUCCAAUGUGCACACAGAACUGCUUGAUGACUCACGGGAAUAGGACAAACUCAAGGACUCUUGUUUCCUCUUUCUUCAAAAUCUUGAUUGGUGGUCAGUUUCUUACAGUUUUGUACUUUCCACCCAAAUUCGCUCCAACAGUGUCAUCAUUGAAUGGCCAAGAAACAUUCCUCGAGGAUUCAAGGGGGCAACGAUGGAAAGUAAAAGUAUCCAUUCUGAAUGAUUGCUUUGUUUUACAAGAGGGCUGGAGUGCAUUUGCCUCAGACCAUGGGCUAGAACUUGGAGAUUUUAUAAUUUUCAAUUACAUUGUGGGAUCACACUUUGAAGUCCAUAUCUAUGAUAAGAGUGCAUGUGAAAGGCUAGAUUUUUCUGAGAGAAGAAAUCAAGAGGAAAGGACUGGAAAUAACACUCAAAAUUUUAACACUGAAUAUGGUCAAUGCCUCGCAAAGGAUAAAGGUACAAUGAACGUACAUGGGUCAAGUACCCCUAACCUCGCUGGUGAGGAGAUUUGUCGAGGCCAGAGCAAGUUGAAGAAUGAUGUGUUAAAAGCCAAGAUGGUCGCAAAAAAUACUUCAACUAAUAAAAAAGAGACUAGAGCUGAGAAGAUUGUUUCUAAAGCAGAAUGCGUUGAAGAAUCAAGUGACAUGAUCAAUAGAGAAUUAGGGAAGAAACGUGAAGAUUACGGGGAAACUUUAGUUGACUUGUCUAAAUGGGGAUUGUCGAAAGCCAACUUGGGCAUUGAAGGAAGCAAAAAAACCAGAGCUGGUACUAAGAAAUUGUCUCAUCAUGCUGGUGCCUCCUUUAAAUCCCAAAAAGAAGCUGGCCUGGGUAGCAAAGAGACUAGAUAAAGGGUUAGAAAGUACACGAGAAAAAGGAAUGAUGAUUUUGAUAUGAAGAGCCAGUUGGUAGAUGUUGCUGAUAAAAAUUCAAGUGAGAAACACUGGGCUUAUAAUGUGCUUGAUUCAUUCCAUAUGAUUUGCUCUUUGAUAGCGACCACUGAUGAACCCUAUCUUGUAUGCUUUUCUUUAACCUGACGAGUUCUCCAAAUCUGAUUUUGCACUACAAACUAUUCCCUUGCGAUGUUACCAUAGCCUUAUCAUAAAUGCUGUUAUGCUGCCAGUGCUGGUUUGUCGAUGCUUUUAAGGAGCUGUUUCUGAAUUUUGUCCAGUUGAGGCUACAUCACAAGAUGUUGCCAUUGCAGAAUGUACUUUCUCGAUCCGAAGUACGUUGUUAUAUUUAAUUAUAGAAGGCUGCACGAUUUAUUUGA